AUUAAAUUCCGGUCAUCAUGACGGUGAUGAAUCCUCAACCCUUUGAUCAAGAAGACGACGUGGAGAUGAUGCUGGUUCCCCAACCUGAUUUCGUUGAUAUCCCUGCACCCGUCGAAGAAGACGAGGUGAUGCCGGUGACGGCGCUGGAAUCCGAUUCCGGCGACUUCCCACAUCCACUUUUGCUGGAGGGUCCUCAGCCAAUGGAAGUAGUAGCCAAUGCCGCAGGAGAGAAUCAGGCAGUUGCUGUGCCGCCGCCUCAAGCAUCACGGUUGACUUGGACGAUUGAGAAUUUUUCCGGGUUGGAUGAGCAGAGGAUUUUUUCAGAUGAAUUCGUCGCCGGAGGUAACAAAUGGAAGGUGAUGAUUUUUCCCAAAGGGAACAGGCCCCAUGCGGAGUUUCCUUUCUUUUCUAUGUUUUUGGCUGUUGCUGAUCCUGACUGUUUGCCACUUGGAUGGAGUUGUCAUACCAAGUUUAGCUUAACCGUUGUUAAUCAAGUUGAUUGCAAGUACUCAAGGAAAGAGGAAGUUCAGAAUAUGUUCAAUCAACAUAAUACCGACUGGGGUUUCCCACAUAUCAUUCCUCUUAGUGAACUUCAUGACCCCGAAAAGGGUUUCCUUGUUAAUGAUACUCUACUUAUUGAGGCUGUGGUUUCUGUUCGUAAGUCUGAAGAUUUCUGGGGUUAUGAUUCAAAGAAAGAGACUGGUUUUGUUGGGCUAAAGAAUCAGGGUGCAACUUGUUACAUGAACUCCCUUUUGCAAACCCUAUUCCAUAUUCCUUUCUUUAGAAAGGCUGUUUAUCAUAUGCCAGCCACAGAGUCAGGAAGCAUUGCUCUUGCGCUUCUGCGUUUGUUUUAUAAGCUCCAGUAUUCUGAUAAGAGUGUUGCUACAAGAGAGUUGACCAAAUCUUUUGGGUGGAACACGUAUGAUUCUUUUAUGCAGCAGGAUGUUCAGGAACUGAAUAGGGUUUUGUGUGAAAAGCUUGAAGAAAAGAUGAAGGGAACAGUUGUUGAAGGGACAAUACAGAAGUUGUUUUGUGGGCACCUAAUGAAUUACAUUGAAUGCAUCAACGUAGAGUUCAAGUCUACCAGAAAGGAGUCGUUCUAUGAUCUUCAACUUGAUGUGAAAGGGUGCAAGGACGUUUAUGCCUCGUUUGAUAAGUAUGUGGAAGUUGAACAUCUUGAAGAAGCAAACCAGUAUCAUGCUGAGGGACAUGGUUUGCAAGAUGCUAAGAAAGGUGUUCUUUUUACUGAUUUCCCUCCUGUCCUUCAGCUUCAUCUCAAGCGGUUUGAGUAUGAUUUUACGUGUGAGACCAUGGUUAAGAUUAACGAUAGGUAUGAGUUCCCUCUCCAACUGGACCUUGACAGGGAGAAUGGCAAGUACCUGUCUCCUGAUGCGGAUAAGAGUGUCCGAAAUCUCUACACACUUCAUAGUGUUCUGGUGCACAGUGGCGGGGGACGUGGUGGACACUAUUAUGCUUUCAUCAGGCCAACUAUAGGUGAUCAGUGGUAUAAAUUUGAUGAUGAAAGAGUUACCAGAGAGGAUGUGAACCGGGCACUAGAAGAGCAGUAUGGGAGCGAGGCGAUUCCGGCGGGCUUCACAAAAUAUUCGAGUGCAUAUAUGCUUGUGUAUAUUCGGGAAAGAGACAAGGAUAAAAUUAUUUGUGAUGUUGAUGAGAAUGACAUUGCUGAAGACCUCAGGACAAGGUUGAAGGAGGAGGAAGAAGAGAAGGCGCGGAAGAGGAGAAUCAAAGCUGAGGCACAUCUUUUUACCAAUGUCAAGGUCUCCCGUGAUGAGCAUCUGAGAGAACAGCUUGGAAAGGACAUAUGUUUUGACCUUGUUGAUCAUUCUAAAAGUAGAAACUUUCGAUUGCAGAAGCAAAUGCCUUUUAAUCUUUUCAAGGAGGAGAUUGCCGAAGAAACUGGUGUACCUGUUGAAUACCAGCGUUUUUGGUUGUGGGCAAUGAGGAAGAAUUUCACUUUCCGUCUGGACCGGCCAUUAACAUCUCAAGAGGAAACAAAAACUGUUGGUCAGCUGAUCAGGGAAGUUUCAACCAGGAUUCGGAACGUGGAAUUCAGCUUGUUUUUGGAGGUAGAGUACGAUAUGGAUUUACGUCCUGUGCCUCUACCCAAAAAAACCAAAGAAGACAUUCUUCUUUUCUUUAAGGUUUACGAUCCUGAAAAAGAAGAGCUUCUAUAUGUGGGCAGGCUCUUUGUGAAGAGUUCAGGAAAGCCAAGUGAAAUCCUUGAAAAACUAAAAGAGCUGGCUGGAUUUUAUGCGGAGGAAGAUAUUGAAAUUUUCGAGGAAGUGAAGUUUGAACCAGAUGUGAUUUGUAAACCGCUCGAUAGAAGUUCUUGGUCCGGGGAUCAUCAGAUUCAAGACGGGGAUAUCAUCUACAUUCAAAAGCGCCUUUCAACAGAACAUCAAGAACAACUUCGAUGUCCCGACAUUCCUUCAUAUUUUGAUUAUAUCAAGAACCGACUGGUUGUACACUUUCGAAGCCUGGAAACACCGAAGGAUGAUGAUUUCUGUCUGGAGUUGGCGAAGAACGACACUUAUGAUGAUGUGGUAGAGAGGGUAGCAGAGAAGCUUGAUCUGGAUGAUCCAUCCAGGAUUCGGCUUACACCCCAUUGUGUCAAUUUUCAGAGACCAAAGCAGCAGCCUAUCAAAUAUCGAGCUACCAGCUUGUUAGAUAUGCUCGUCCACUUCAAUCGGAUCUCAGACAUCCUUUACUAUGAGGUGCUGGAGAUUCCUCUGCCGGAACUGGAGAGUCUGAAAACAAUGGAAGUUGCAUUUCACCCGGCGGCAAAAGAUAAGGAAGUGGUAAUUCUCAAACUCAGGUUGCUAAGACAGAGUACCGUGAAAGAUCUACUGGAAGAAAUAAAAGCAAAGGUUGAGUUAUCUCCGAAUGCAGAACUCAGACUGCUUGAACUUUAUGACAAUAAGAUACGUAGGAUCUUCCCCCUCGAGACAGAAAUCGAUUCCAUUUUUAGCUACUGCUAUCUCCGGGCUGAGGAGGUUCUGGAAGAAGAAAAGAACCUUGGUCCUCACGACAGGUUAAUUCAGGUGUACCAUUUCGCAAAGGGAGAAGUAUUCUUUGUUAGGACGUUCGGGGACCCUUUUAUUCUUGCUGUUCACGAGGGCGAAACUAUAGGCAAUGUCAAGCUUCGCCUUCAGAAGAGGUUGCAGGUUCCGGAUGAAGAAUUUGCAAAGUCGAAAUUCGCUUUUCAGGGUUGUUUGGAGCCUGAAGACGCUGAGGAGGUGAUUGAAAUAAUUCCUGUGACUGGAAAUGUGUAUGAUUGUUGGGGUUUGUACAGCGUUGGGUUGGAGCACCCCGAUAAAACUCCCAGAACUGCCUCAUAUCAGAUUCCUUGCCAGAAAUAUGGAACAAUGAAUACCCUUCUCAAUCACAAUUUUGCGGCUAUCUUACCGGGUGAUUCGGUUGCUAGUAUUGUGGCUACGAAUGUGAUCCUCAACUUCUUGAACAUCUACAACACAGUAUUAGUUGUCAGGCUUGUUUUGACAUGGUUCCCAAAUGCCCCGCCAGCUAUUGUUAGCCCCCUUAGUGCAGCUGCUGCACUUCCAGCGGAACUUCCCCCAGCUUCAGGAGUUUCUCAAAAUCUCCCGUCUGAUCCAAUGGAAUUACAUAGAACCACGUCUCAGAGGAAAUGGAUGAGAAGACUUGCUGGUGGCAAGCCAAAUGCUUCAUGA